AGGGAUGACACUUGCGUUCUCUUCCUCACGGAUUUGAAGGCUUCUACUUCUGGGAGGGCGCAAGGUCAGCCAUGUGGUCCUCCAGCGCCCCAGCCCUCACCUUCGCAUACUGCCCUGCAGAGCAGCGGAUAGGCAAAUCUUCCCUUCUGGUUGGUCGGCGGUGAGUCUGUGGCGAGACCUGACCCAAUGGGCGCUAGAGUUCGCGGAUCGUGACCCGGAAGUUGGUCCCGAGGCUGCGCCGUUGGCUGUGGCCGCCUAACGCGCGCAGGGACUUCCGGCGUGAAGCCGAGCGCCUAGUCUUGCGUGAGACCGCGACGAGCGUAAAAGCGCGGUGUUCAGGUGCUGCCCUGGGGCGGGGGGAGUGGGGGCGUCCUGGCGGUGACGGAACCGGGGUUGGCGCGGCGGCGCCCGUGAUCGACUGAGGCCAAGGCGCCGGAGCCGGCUGCGCCCGGGUUGGGGCUGGGCUCUUUGGCCGGGACUUGCAGCCGCGGGGCCCGGGGAGCCUUCCCGGGCGGGCGCAGCGGGUUUCGGGGCCUAGGCCCUCCCGGGGCCUGACGAUGGCGUCGGGCCCGGGCUCCCAAGACCGGGAAGGGCUUCUGAUAGUGAAACUGGAGGAGGACUGCGCCUGGAGUCAGGAGCUGCCCCCGCCAGAUCCAGGGCCCAGCCCUGAGGCCUCCCACUUACGCUUCAGACGGUUCCGCUUCCAAGAGGCCGCUGGGCCCCGGGAAGCCCUCAGCCGGCUCCAGGAGCUUUGCCAUGAGUGGCUGCGGCCCGAGUUGCGUACCAAGGAGCAAAUCCUGGAGUUGCUGGUAUUGGAGCAGUUCCUGACCAUCCUGCCCCAGGAGAUCCAGAGCAGGGUGCAAGAGCUGCAUCCGGAGAGCGGCGAGGAAGCGGUGGCCCUUGUGGAGGACAUGCAGAGAGAGCUUGGGAGGCUGAGACUACAGGUCACAAACCAUAGGCGGGGAACAGAAGUGCUCUUGGAGGAGCCUUUGCCUCUGGAAACAGCACGAGAGUCACCGAGCUUCAAGUUGGAGCCAAUGGAGACUGAGCGAAGCCCUGGCCCCAGGCUGCAGGAGCUGCUAGGCCCCAGCCCCAAAAGAGACCCCCAAGCUGUAAAGGAGAGGGCAUUGUCUGCUCCCUGGCUUUCUCUCUUUCCUGCUGAAGGAAACAUGGAAGACAAGGAGAUGACUGGGCCCCAGUUGCCUGAGAGCUUAGAGGACGUGGCUAUGUACAUCUCCCAGGAGGAGUGGGGGCAUCAGGAUCCUAGUAAGAGGGCCCACUCCAGGGACACGGUGCAGGAGAGUUAUGAGAAUGUGGACUCACUGGAGUCUCAGGUUCCUAGUCAGGAGGCCCUGAGCACCCAGGUGGAACAAGGAGGAAAUCCAUGGGAUCCCAGUGUUCAGACUUGCAAGGAGGGCCUGCGUCCCAGAAGCCCAGCUCCAGGAGAAGAGAAGUUUGAGAACGAGGAAGAAAGUGCUCAGUCCGUUUCCCCUGAGAGCAUCCACCCCCAGGCACUGCUGCCUGGCCAGGCCAGAGGGGAGGUGCCCUGGAGUCCUGAGCAGGGAACGCCUCGGGACAGGGCAGAAGGGCACUGGGAGCCUCCCCCAGAGGAAGGGAUGGAGCCAUCCUUAGUGGGGGCCACAAGUUGCAGAGAACUGGGGCGACCAAAGGAAUUGCAGCCGAGGAAGCUCCACUUGUGUCCGUUGUGUGGCAAAAAUUUCUCUAACAACUCGAACCUAAUUAGGCACCAGAGAAUACAUGCAGCAGAGAGACUGUGUAUGGGUGUGGAGUGUGGUGAAAUCUUUGGUGGGAACCCACACUUUCUGUCACUACACAGAGCACACUUGGGAGAGGAGGCCCAUAAGUGCCUGGAAUGUGGAAAAAGCUUCAGUCAGAAUACCCACCUGACUCGCCAUCAGCGCACCCACACGGGUGAGAAACCCUAUCAAUGUACCGUGUGUGGAAAAAGCUUCUCUUGCAACUCAAACCUUCACAGGCACCAGAGGACACAUACAGGUGAAAAGCCCUACAAGUGCCCCGAGUGUGGGGAGAUCUUUGCUCAUAGUUCCAACCUCCUUAGGCACCAAAGGAUUCACACAGGAGAGAGACCUUAUAAGUGUGCCGAGUGUGGGAAAAGUUUCUCUCGCAGUUCACACCUUGUCAUACACGAAAGAACUCACGAGAAAGAGAGGCUUUACCCCUUCUCUGAGUGUGGGGAAGCGGUGAGUGACAGCACCCUCUUUCUUACAAAUCAUGGAACCCACAAGGCAGAGAAAAAACUCUUUGAAUGUUUGACUUGUGGGAAAAGCUUCCGGCAGGGCAUGCACCUCACCAGACAUCAGAGAACGCACACAGGGGAGAAACCAUAUAAGUGUAACCUUUGUGGGGAAAACUUCUCGCAUAGAUCAAACUUAAUCAGGCACCAGAGAAUUCACACGGGAGAAAAACCCUAUACCUGUCAUGAGUGUGGAGACAGUUUUUCUCACAGCUCCAAUCGGAUUCGUCAUCUGAGAACCCAUACGGGAGAGAGACCCUAUAAAUGUUCUGAAUGUGGAGAGAGCUUUUCUCGGAGUUCACGCCUUAUGAGUCACCAGAGAACUCACACGGGAUAGAAACAAUGGGAUUUCUCUUUGGCCCAGAUAAGGUGGCAUACUCAGAGGGUCCUGUUAAGAGCCGGCAUUCUUUGCCCAGCCCACCAAAUGAUCUGUUUUUAAAGUAAUUAUUAUAAAGAUGAACCACGUGGGGGUCACUGUGAGGGAGGUGCAGAGGCAGCAAAGGAUUAGUGUAGAGCUAAAACGGAAUUCUUUCCGAACUGUUGAGGGUGACAAGUCUUUGAGGUGACCUGUUCAGGGCAGAGUUCUCUAUGAAGUCCCUUGUCCCAGGGUGCACCUACUCCCUUGGUAUAUUUAGCCAGGUUGUGAUUUGGGUGCCUUACAGUAUCCAUUGUCUAUCCCAACAACUUUGGGAAUCCGUGUGACUUUGUUACUGCUUCCUCACUUGGAAUGUUCAGCGGGGGCAUUUGGGCUCCUGAGGCCUGGGACCAAGGAAGUAUUCUGGGAAACCAGCUCAUGGCCACAGAAGACUGGUUGGUGACUUGCAGCUCCCCCAAAAGCCCUGGCUGGGAAGCCAGGGGCCGUCCAUGGCAGCCACCACUGCGCCUCUAGGAUAGGAGAGCCCAUGCACAGGCCAGGCAUAUAAACGUCACCUCAGACCAAAAGGAACCAGAGAGCUGAGGGAAACAGUAAACUGGAGUUUGCAGUUCAGCGCAGGGACUGGCAGAGGAAACCCGAUUCUGAAUUAGCUGACAUUGCAGAGAUGAAGACUCACCCACUUCUGUCCAAGAGAGAAACAGAGCUCUGCGGUCUUCAGAGGGUUCCGCGAAAGCGAGGUUCCCUGGGAGGCUUUGCAAACGUGGCUCCUGGGGAAAUUAGGGAUCAUGCCUUUCCCUGUUGAAAAUAUGUUUGGAUGGUAAUAAAUAUCUUCAGGAAACAUGA